AAUAAUUCUACAAUAGAGAUUAGAGGUAGAAGGUAGAUGAGACAUGAGUAAAAGUGUAGAACUAUGAAUCAUCAGUCAUUAUAAACUAAAAAUUAAAUAAGUUAUUGUUUAUUUUGUAAUGGUUGUACUGUUAAUAGUGCCUAAUAUUAAUUUACUGUGCUUGCAGUAAGAAAUCGAGAUUUUAUUCUAAUUAGCAAGUUGUUUUUUUUUAAUAGUUUAGUAAAAAAGGUAUUAACCACAAAGUAAAAUGAACCGUAUAUUCGGGAAAUCUAAAGAAAAGGCGCCUGCUCCGGAUAUGUCUGCCGUCAUAAAAGGAGUAGAUGAUCGGGCUGAAUCGGUUGAACAGAAAAUUAAUAGACUUGACAAGGAGUUAAAAAAACUGAAAGAUCAAAUGGCCAAGAUGAGAGAAGGCCCAGCUAAGAAUUCAUUGAAACAAAAAGCGUUAAGAGUUUUGAAGCAAAGGAAACAAUAUGAAAGUCAAGCUGAAAACUUAAGAAAUCAGUCAUUCAAUAUGGAACAAGCUUCUUAUGCAGUUCAGUCAUUGAAAGACACCCAAUCAACAGUAGUUGCUAUGAAAACUGGUAUGAAACAAAUGAAAAAAGAAUUUAAGAACAUUAAUAUAGACGAUAUUGAGGAUCUCCAGGAUGAAAUGGCUGAUAUGUUGGAUCAAUCAAAUGAAGUACAAGAAGCAUUAGGAAGAACAUAUGGAGUACCAGAUAUUGAUGAAGAUGAACUAAAUGCAGAGCUUGAAGCAAUUGGCGACGAAUUAGCUUUAGAUGAUGAUACAUCUUACCUAGAUCAAGUGAAUGUUCCAGACAAAGAACCUGGACAAAAAGAAAAGGAGCCUAGUAAACCUGGUGAAAUUUCCGUUGAUGAAUUUGGUUUACCAAAAAUACCAGCCCAAAUCUAACUGUGAAAACAAUAAAUUACAAAAUAUGAUAUUAAUGUUACUUAUACCAUUAUUUUUUUAAGACUUAAAUAAGUAUUAAAGUACCAUCUACUAUAUUAUACUAUAGGUUAAUACAAUUCGUAAUUACAAAUUGUUAAAAAUUGAUUUUUAGCAAAUUUUUACUUGUAUUAUAGUUAAAUAAUUACUAAUUUAUGAAAAAAAA